GCCGGCCCCCCCCAAGAUGGCGGCGUGCGGGUCCCUGGGCCUGGGCCUGGGGCUGCGGCGGUUGGGCUGGGGCCUCCGCUCCCCGCCCGCCCGGCUCUACCACAAGAAGGUGGUCGACCACUACGAAAACCCCAGGAACGUGGGCUCUCUGGACAAGACCUCUAAGAACGUGGGCACUGGGUUGGUGGGGGCCCCCGCGUGUGGUGACGUUAUGAAGCUGCAAAUUCAGGUGGACGAGAAGGGGAAGAUCGUCGAUGCCAGAUUCAAGACCUUCGGCUGCGGGUCCGCAAUCGCCUCCAGCUCCCUGGCCACUGAGUGGGUGAAAGGAAAAACGGUUGACGAAGCGUUGACCAUCAAAAACACAGAUAUCGCCAAGGAGUUGUGCCUCCCUCCAGUGAAACUGCACUGCUCGAUGCUAGCUGAAGAUGCCAUCAAAGCUGCGCUGGCAGACUACAAACUGAAGCAGGAUCCUAAAAAGGGAGGAGAGGCAGAAGAGAAAUCUCCCGGCGUGUAGAACCCCAGCUUCACCCUCCCCACCCAUCGUUUGCAGCGUCCUUGGCCCUUAGUUGUUAGACCUGAUCAAAAGCCACAGCACAGAAGCUGAAAGACACAUCGCGUCGCACUGUCUACAGCAUGAUUCUAGCACAUAUGAAAUGUUCGCUUCAUCAAGAGCCCCACCCUUCCUGGCUGACGUGGGCCCGGAGAAGUCCGGGCAUUUGGAAGCCUUCCAAUCGAAAAGGUGGCCCAGGUGAAACUGUAAUGAGCUCCUCAAGGGCUCUGUCUGAAGGGGAUGGAUGUCUUUAGAGCGAAUAAAGAACUGGUGCUGGAACAUAUCGUUGGAAAAGGGUCAGUUGUUUCAGACUGUCUGGAUUUGGGAUGUUGGAAGGAAAUCAACUGUAUAUAAGAGCUCUGCAUAUCUAUCUGUAAUUUAAUAUAAUAAAAACUCGUGUGUGAAAGUCA